GAUUGAAAGAGUAAGCAGGAAAUAAAGAUGUUCAUUUCAUGAGAUUUCACAUAACUGAACAUACUGCCUACACUUACUGUGUAGUCCCUCCUUUCCUUAGACCAGCGCUAAAAGUAAGAAUGAUCAAGUAAAUCAUAUGAAAGGUAUUAUUUCUAAUACUGAUAGCUUUGACAUAAGCUUUAAAAAGUAUCAUGGAUUCAUUUUAUUUAAUCAACUUAAACCUUUCUUUGUCUGUCAUUUGAAGAAUACCCUUAUCUGCCAAUUCAUUACAUGUUUUGAUUACAUGCUUCGUGAUUUGAUUAAAGGAUAUGUUCGUUCCUUUCUGUUCCUUUCUGUUUCUUUCUGCUUUCUUAUGAUAUCCACCAUCAUAGAAACUUUCCUUAUUUCCCAAGGAAAGAGCCCUUCAUUUGGGGUAGGCUACCAAGGCUGUCCUUUACGCUUUGCGUCAGUAAACACAUACGUGAAGCUUCCUAAUGCCUUUAGAAAGAUAAAUGAUUGAGUCAUAAGCAAGCAUAAGCAAGCAUAAGCUAGUGUAGUAUUUACUUAUAAGCGGAAAACAGUAAAGAGCUCAUUGACAACAUUUACAAUUAGA